UCCUCUGCUGUAAACAGACGGUGUGUUCAGGGACUUGACUCCGGCUGGAUCCGACCAGAAACUGGACUGAAAACUACGAACAACGAUGCACUGAGAGAGCAUCAUCAGACAAACAGGAGGGACCACCACAGCCACUGCAUUUCCGUCAAAGUCAGAUAACAAGAGGUCCUCUCCCUGUGCACGAUGACCGUCCUGGAGGACGCUGAGAUGAACACCUUCGGCACGGAGCUGCCGGCCAUGUUUGAUGGCAUGAAGCUGGCAGCGGUGGCGACGGUUCUCUACAUCAUCGUGCGCUGUCUGAACCUGAAGAGCACCGCCUCGCCUCCUGAGGUCGUCUACCAGGAGACACCACUGAGCCGCUACCUGUUCAAAACCUGCCCCAUGUUGACCACAGAAUACAUUCCUCCCCCGCUGUGGGGAAAGAGCGGACACCUCCAGACGGUCCUGUACGGGAAGAUGGGACGAAUCAACACUCCUAAGCCAUGUGGGGUGCGCAAGUUCCUCCCGAUGCAGGACGGGGCCACAGCGAGCUUUGACCUCUUCGAAGCUCGUGCGGACCACAGCACUGGAGAUGACAUUACCAUGGUAAUCUGUCCUGGGAUUGGUAACCAUAGCGAGAAGAACUACAUCCGGACAUUUGUGGAUUACUCCCAGCGGCAGGGGUACCGCUGCGCCGUCCUGAACCACCUGGGAGCGCUGCCCGACAUGGAGCUCACCUCGCCACGCAUGUUCACCUACGGUUGUACGUGGGAGUAUGCGGCCAUGGUGGGCUACAUCAAACGAGCGCUUCCUGAGACGCUGCUGGUGGUGGUGGGCUUCAGUCUGGGGGGAAACAUCGUCUGUAAGUUCCUGGGAGAGAACCGAUCCAACCAGGAACGAGUGGCGUGCUGCGUCACCGUGUGCCAGGGCUACAGCGCCCUCAGGGCUCAGGAGACAUUCCUCCAGUGGGAUCAGUGCAGGAGGCUCUACAACUUUGUGUUGGCUGACAACAUGAAGAAGCUCAUCCUGAACCACAGGAGCAGUUUGCUUGGCCUGAACUCCAGCAACAUUGGAGAUGCAGACCUGGGCCGACUGUACGCAGCUACGUCUCUGAUGCAGAUCGACGACAGCAUCAUGAGGAAAUUCCACGGCUACAGCUCCUUGAAGGAGUACUACGAGAAAGAGAGCUGUGUGCACCACUUGCACAAAGUGAGUGUGUAG